CGCCCGGCUGCUUGCUGCUGUCCCUGCGGCUGGGUGCAACUCAGGGACAGUCAGCCCUCAGGAGAGCCUUCACCUUCCCCUUCCUUUCCCCAGGGGAUGCUGUGCUGGUGCUGUGGAGAGCAGCACAGCCUCACUUGCCUACAGCCAUCAACCUGGCGCUGCAGUGCUCCAGUGAAAUCCAGAAGAAGUACGGCACUCAUGACACACACAUGGGUCUCAUGCUCCACCUGAAGAUAGGGAUCUCCGCCGGGAUUUUCUCCUUCAUAUCUGUCAGAGGCGGGGAUCGUCAGUACUUCUUCAUCUGCAGCCAGGCCCUGGACGAAGUUAUCGAGGCCCAAAACCUUUCGGCUGCCUAUGAAAUCGUGCUGUCACAGACCUGCUGGGAGCUGUGUGAGCAGCAACGAAUCAGGGCCAACUAUAUUGCUGGCAGAAGGGCCGUGAAGGUGGGUGAAUGGUGUGGCCUCGAGACCUUUGGAAGACCCGCACUUGGGUGGGGAGGCGGCUGAG